AUGGAAGACGAUGCACUAAAAGCGCUCCAAGAGUCGCAUCCAGAAAUAUUCAGCGAAUCAGCGGACCAGAUAAGAGCAAAGGCGCAGAUGAUAGACAACGAAGUAAGAAUGCUGAAAAGCCACAUAACCUCCAUUACAUACGACUACGAGGCGAAGAAAGAGAAGAUACAGGAGAACGUCCAGAAGAUAGAGCUGAACAAACAGCUGCCUUUCCUCGUUGGGAAUGUUGUGGAAAUACUGGACCUUGAUGCAGCUGCUCCAUCAGAGGGCUCCAAUGUGGACGAAACAAUCAGCAAGAAGGGCCUGUGUGCUGUCGUUAAAACGUCAAACAGAGUAACCACUUUUCUUCCCUUUGUGGGCCUGGUGCCUGCUGAGGAUCUGAAGCCCGGGGAUCUUGUGGCUCUUCACAAAGAAACAAACAUUGUUUUUGAAAAGCUGGAAGACGACUUCGAUGUGAGAGUCAAAGCCAUGGAGCUUGACGAGAAACCGACAGACUCGUACGAAGACAUUGGAGGCCUGGAAAGACAGAUGGAAGAGCUGUACGAGGGAGUGAUUCUAUCGAUCACCCAUCCAGAGAAGUUCAAGAGACUGAACAUCACCCCGCCCAAGGGCAUUCUGAUGUAUGGCCCGCCGGGAACGGGCAAGACCCUUAUGGCAAGGGCGUGUGCUGCUAAGACAGGUGCUACUUUCCUUAAGCUGGCAGGCCCGCAGCUUGUGCAGAUGUACAUUGGUGAUGGAGCCAAGUUAGUUCGUGAUGCAUUUGCGCUGGCGCGAGCUAAGUCUCCUGCCAUCAUAUUUAUAGAUGAAAUAGAUGCAAUAGGAACCAAGCGAAGUGACUCAGACAGCACGGGAGACAGAGAGGUGCAGCGCACAAUGCUGGAGCUUCUGAACCAGUUGGAUGGAUUCUCAGGCACUCCGAAUAUAAAGGUAAUAGCUGCGACGAAUAGAGUCGAUAUUCUAGAUCCAGCGCUGCUCAGAUCAGGGCGGUUUGACAGAAAGAUCGAGUUCCCUCUGCCAAACAAGGAAGGAAGAAAGAGAAUUCUGCAGAUACACUCGCGAAAGAUGGCAAUGGACCCGAAUGUCAACCACGAAGAGCUCGCUCGGUCUAUUGAGGGAUUCAAUGGAGCACAGUGCAAGGCCGUGUGUGUGGAGGCAGGAAUGAUAGCUCUUAGGGCGGGACGCAACAUGAUAACGCAGAACGACCUGAUAGACGGUGUGCAGGAGAUCCUAUCCACGAAGAAGGCAAAUUUGCACUACUUCUCGUGA